AAAAAAAACAUCCAAUCAUGGCUCCCACAACACACUCUGCGUUUCUGGACAUGCUUCCACCCGAACUCCGCAUAAACAUCUACUCGCACCUGCUCGUCGCCUCGACACCUCUCAAAGGCCAACUCGCGCGACAGGACAAAACAUACGACCUGCACACAGCCAUUCUACGAACAAACCGACAAAUCCACCACGAAGCACGAUCCGUCUUCUUUGGCAAAAACACUUUUUACAUCACAUCGAUUCCACCAUCUCAGGCCGGCGGAGAGCACGAUGACGACUACGACGAGGAACAAGGGUCCGGCGCCUUUGAGCCGCCACUGCAACUCCGCGAUCUCCCACUGGUCCGGCACCUGGAGAUAGAUUUGCUCUACUACCCACGCAGCAUGCAGACGAUUCGCGACCGGCGGACGGGCAUUUGGAAACCCGUGUGCGUCGGUGCGCAGCGCUACAGCACAAGCUUAUCUUAUCUCCUUUCCGCCGUCGAAACGCGCCUGUUGAGCCUCAAGCUGUGCGCCGACACGCGACGCUAUCUCGACGAGACGGUUGUUGUUGUUGCCAGCGUUAGCAAUGAUAGCAGCAGCAGCAGUAACAACGACGACAGGCUAGAGGCCCAGCGAAUACUAACAGGCUUCUACAUGGCCGAUACCAAUCCACUAUUCCGAAAGGCGCUAGCCCGCCUGCACGUCGCUGACAUGGCUCUUCAUUUCGACUUUCCGGAAAGUUACUUUGACUUUGUUGUCCUGAAAAAGGUCUUGUGUCGCCAGAACUUGGUCGAGCUAGCCGGCCAGGUGCUCGAUGUCAGGUCAGACAUCCGCUUCAAGGCCGCUGCUAAGCAGGACGCCGGCGCCGACGACGCAUACGACAUUCCCGACCAGGGCGCUGUUACCUUGAUACCCGCUUUUGCCUUCUCUUCUCCUUCUUCUUCUUCUUCCGUCUGAUACCAUGGCUUCUGUCCCUUCAUCUCCGCUUUCUCGAGGAAUAUGUCCGUGUCAUGCUUGUUUACCUUUUUUUUCUGGCGGAAGGUCCUUUUAUUUUUAUUUUUAGGUCUAAAACAUGGUUUAGCGAAGCUCGCAUCGAGGCGCGUCUAUCUGCAUACAGGUGUAUUCUUGGGAGGGAUAUCCAAUUAGGAGUUAUUGUUUAUUUUAUCAUAACUAUAUGGUUUUUUU